AAAAAUGCCUUUUUAAGGUUUUCUAAAAAGAAAUACAAAACAUUUCAAAGAUUGGUUGAAAAAUUCAAAAAAACUUGAUUCAAAAAAGUGAUUUUAAUAAAGUGCGUAAGACUUUUUUAUACGCAAUAUUUUUGUCUAGCAAAAAUAUUGAUUUUGUAUGUUAAAGCUGUUGUUGGUUUUCAGUGGAAUAUAUAAGCUACACAAGAACGGGUACAAUGAUGAUGGAAUUGACUGAUUUCAUUAUGACAAUGGAGGAUUCAAGAACGCAGCGGCCUUACCGUUAUGGAAUGAUUCUGUUAUGCCUUGGCGCUCUCAUAAAUUGGCUGGGCAUAUCGGAGCCUACACCAAAUUCAGAACCAAUUAGAUAUCUUGGAGUUGCUUGUAUUUUAGGAGGCGCAUUACUAAUUCUGUCUGCCAUGUGUUGUUGGCUGAAAGCACCAAAUAGAACAAGUGAUGGGAAUGAAGAGAAUAAUGAUCCAAUUCAUGUGAUCACAAUUGCAGACGAGAGGAGACGCGAGAAACCUCCAGAUUACGAUCAAGUGACGUCAAGUCCACCAAGCUACGAUGAUGCUAUUAAGUUAAAUCCAAAUGCACUGCUAAAACUAUCACAACCAAAUAGUAAUAUUUUUCUGCCAGCUCAACCAUCCAUUAAUGGUGCCACAAAUAAUGCUUUUAAUAUAAGUAGUGAAUUAUCGACAGCCACAAGACCCAGUUCAUCGUCAUCAACAUCAACGUCCUUUCCGAUUAAUAUUAUAAAUAAAUUAAAAUCGACUAGUGCACUCACGGUAGAGAAUGAGAAAGCUGAACCGCCACCUUACACUAUAACGCCAAGUUGACUCAUCCGUGUAAAUGAAUGAGUGACUGUGAAGCUCGUAAAAUUAAAUAGAAAGUCCAUCCGAAGUUUUAAAUUUUAUUCUUAUGUUCGUCAUAAAUUCUCUACUACAUAAAAUUAGCAAAAAGAAAUGUUGCCUUCGAGUGGGAAAAUCUAUGCAAAAAAAGCAAGGAAAUUUUUGAAAUGAGAGAAGAACGAGACUGAAUCGUGAUAAAUAUUCGCUCGUCUUCCCGUGCAGCAAAAGAUACAUAAACGGACGAGAUGAUGAUUCUCUAUGAGGACGCUUUUAUGUGAAUGUUUUGAGAGUAAAAACAUAAAGAUGUUUAAUAAAUAAAAAUUUGCAUCAUUAACGUUGGAUUGGUGUUUCCAUUUUUUCGUGGAUCUUCCAUAUCGAAAGUUCAGAAUUGGAUAUUUCAAUCAAUUAGAAACGAAUGACUAGUUUUAUGAAUUGAUUUAUAAAGUUAAGCUCGGAGCAAACAAUGAUUUAAAGAUCCUAAGCUUAUAAAUUUAUUAAAAGCUCAAAAAGUGAUAAACAAAAAAUAAAUCAGACCACGUGUUUCCAUGAACUUGUUCACAAAAUAAAAAUCACAUUAUAUGUAUGUGAUAUUGCUCAUAAUCAUGACUGCCAUUAACUUCCCUAACAUCUCUCGUGUUAUAAAAAGAUCCAGAGAAAAAAAAAUUAUCGUCAUUAAAUUAAAUUGUUAAUUACACAAUGGCAAUAAAUUAAGUACACAUUACAUGCCAAGAGCACCUUUAUUUCCCUGAAGCAAUUAUUUUGUGAUAAACAAAUGAAAGGUGAAAAAGAGACUGAAAAGGAAAGCUGGCAACGAAAUUUUCAUUUUAAUGGCACAUUUCCAUUAAAUUUUCUUCGUCUUCAACUUGCAUAAUUAUUUUUAUUUUCAAUCUUUUUUAGCUUAUUUUUGUGAAAUAGUUUGUGGCAGUUUUGAAAGAGGCUAGGUUGAAGCUUUUGAAUGAGCUUUAUUUAAUGUAGACUAGUUUACUCAUUUUGGCUCAAUUCUAGCAAACCCCAUCGAACUACUUCAACUUUAAACUAAGAAUUGCGCCAUUUUCAAUCAUUUUCCACAGCUCAUUUCAACUUCCAAUCUUAUAACUAGUUAGAAAAUGUCACGAAAAUGAGCAUCAACUGCCAAGUGAGAAAAUUCUCAUUAUGCAAAAUUAAGUUUGUAGAACUAAAAUCACAACUAACAUGAAGUGAUGAAAGCAAUGAAUGCGAAAAACUUUAUGACAACUUCCAUUCCAACACAGUAUUGUGUGAUAAUUAAAAUUUUGUUUUUGCUACCUUGUGAAUGUCACUUGAAUAUGAAAACCAUGUGCGAUAUCGACCACUCUUUAAUUGGUGAUAAUUACGAUAUUAUUUAUUAAAGAUUCUUAAGAGAUUGAACGGGACAAAUUUUUUUGGAAAUUGAUUGUAUUUGUCAUUAGAAGCUAUUAAUGCUAAUGCGUUUGUUUAAUGGAAGUAUUAAGAAGAUCUGUUAAGAUUCUGUUAUAUGAAGCUAAAAUAAAUGAAAUUUGAACAAGAUUUUAAGAUUCCAGUUGCAUUUUGCACUCUUAAUUGCUAGAUUAAGCUACAAAAUCCCAGAUUUCACCUUAGCAAUUUCUAACCAUAGAGUUCAAUUAAUGCAUGCAAGUUUUCAGAAGAAAAAUCAACAACAACAGCUUUUUACUUCCUUCAGCAUCUCAAUUUCCUUACUUCCUUCAAUUUUUCACAUCUACAUUUACUCCACUGCAGAAGUAAAACUUUAUAAAGUCAUAAAAUAAUUACAUCCGUGAGAAAAUUCUGCAAAAAGAAAUAAAAUCUCGUUCGUUUUUAUUAAACAGCUUCAAAUAAAAGCGGAACUACGAAAAUCAUUAUAGAUUUUUGAAAUUAUUAUUGCAUAGUUCAAUUUCCCUUUCUAUAUCUAUUGGCAAUCAGAGAGAAACAUUAAAAUUAUACUAAAGUGUGGUUUUAGUGAGAGUAUUGCAAUUUUGCUGGCUGGAUUAUGCGAUCUGUGAAGUGGAACUGAACUUGGUUGGUUUUGGUUUGGGUGAAAUUUAGUAUUUGUUUCUUGACAGUCGAUUUGAACAGAAGUAGCAAUGGUUUUUGGUGCGAAAGGUACAAUCAGGGCUCAGAACUAGGUUUAUGAAGUAAGCAAUUGAGUUAAAGCUUCGCGAAACAUAAAUAUCUACUCUAACCUUCAAUUCAAGCCAACAACCACAAAAACCUGCGUUCUAAUCAUUUAAAUCAACACCAAAAUCACAAUAGCGACCACUAAACUUCCUUUAUUUGCAAAAAUCAUAAACGACUGCAUUGAAAAUUGCUCAAUUUUCGAUAUGUAAAUAAAAAAAAAGUCUAAAUCGUCAUCAUGGAAUUGAAAUUAUGCAUUGUGUAUGUUUAUUGCCAAAAAUAUAAUCGCUACGCUGACUAAAUUAAUUCAUUUAUAUGUUCAAAAACUGUUAUUUCUAUUUAUUUUAAUUGUUUCAUUGCAUGCCCACGAGAUUAUGUAUGUUUUUUUGUGGAAAAUGAGAAAAUAAUAAUAAUAAAAUCCCAUUAUGAUGCAAAUUUUUGUUUUCUCUCGCCGCAUCUAGCUAAAAAUAGAUUGAAAACAGAAAGAACGGAUAGAUUUUUGUGGUCAUGAAAGCCAAUUUCACUGUGAAAAGUUUAUUAUGAACUAGUUAUUCAUUUAAUGAGAUGGUAAAUCAAUAAUUAGUUAUUUUUUGCAUAGAUUUUCGAUGGUUAACAAAACAUUUGAUAAAAUUAAACUGGAUUGUGAGUCUAGUCUAGUGCCUAUAAGCGAUAAAGGUUCUUUACAAACGAAAUUGAUUGUUGUUUAUUUGAGAUUUUGAUGAUUAAAGUUUGAUUGAAUCUACUUUUAAAAAUUUGUCGCCAUUUUAAAAUUUUACUCACAUCAAGAGUUUGGAUGAGAAAAAUUCUAGAAUCUGGAAGAUUUUCAACAAAUUUUAAGUUGAUUCUUAAUCUAUGGACCGGAGCAAGCUUUAAUAUAUGUAUUACACAGUUACCGAGCAGCUACAACUUAGAUUUUAAAAUUCAUUUUGUAAACUCAAAAAAUAAAAUCAGAAAUGCUGAUUUUGAAAUUUUUCAAAUGCAAUCGAUGAAAAAACAAUUUUAAAUCAUUAAAAUCUCAAUAAUAACAUUAAUUCCGAUAAGAUAAUCAUUAUAAAUAAGAUGUAUCAUGAAAACUAAAAAACAGUUUUUCCUAGCAACUAAGUCUACUUUUAUCGACUCAAUUUCUUAAUUUAUUCUAAUUGUGAUAAGAAUUCAUAGCACUUAAGAAACUUUGAGCUGUAUUAUAAAAUAAAAAGAAUGUGUUUUUGACGAGUUUUUGUAACAAUAGCUCUGAAAGUGUUGUUUUGUUAUUCAUUGGAAUUAUUAUUGCAGGUGAACUUUAUUUGCUUUCAGGCUUUAAACAGAUAAAUUAAUUUUUCUACACGAUUCUGUUAUUUAAAAUGAUGUCAUUUUCGUGUUUGGAAUAAGUGAGCUUUUGUGACAACAAUGAGGAAGGGCAGUGUCAGAUAAGCAGGUGUAAGUUGAAGGUAUAGAAGCCUUGUUCGCGAGUAGUAAUUGCGUCUCUGGAAGUUUGGUGCCUCCUAUGCUAAUGACCUAAAUUUAAAUUAGGAUAGGUCUAGUAAAAACUUCCUAAAGUACCUUUUCACUUUUGGGCAAAUCCGCAGAAAGCAUGAACUGGGAAAAAGCGAGUUGUAAUAUUUUUCUACUUGUUUGAAUUCAA